ACACUGACACUUCUUUGCUGUUGGAAGGUGCCACACAUUUAAAGGCAAAAUAUAAAACAAUUGAACAUCACAUUGAAACCAUCGAAAGAAUAACCCUGCAAAAAUGCCUUCGAGAAGGAAAACUAUUUGUUUCUUGUCGGGAGCUCUUGCCAGCACUGUUUGCUUUUCAAUAGUGUGCUAUACACUGUCCUCUACUGAGUGGGUCUCUUCUGAAAUGGACUGUUCAGGCAUAAAUAGUAACAGUACCAAUCCCAAUGGUACCAGCAGUGCGUCUAUCACCUAUGGGCUUUUUACAGCUAAAGGACUACUAUCUUUUUGUCCAAUUUUUGGUUCUUCCCUUGAGAAUGUACAAGUUUUGGAAGCACUAGAAAAACAAAAGGGUGUUCCACACAUCCUGCACUGCAUGGUUGUGUCAUUCCUAAUCAUCAGCUUGAUUAGCACAGCGGGCAGCUUUAUUAUCACCAUGUACAACUCCGUCAGCAACCCCUAUGAGACAUAUUUGGGACCCUUGGGAUUGUACACCUGCAGCUCCAUUAGUGGUAUCCUCAUUUUUUUGGCACUCAUCUUGUUUGUGGUGAACGUUGAAGUGCAGAAUGUAUCUGCUGCCAUCAUUAUAGGUAUCAGGAAUGAAAUUUCACUUUAUAAUAUUCGGAACAAUCUGAACUUCCCGUUUUACCUCCUGAUUCCUGCCUUUCUCAGCUCUCUGUGUGCCAUCGUUAUCAUUUUCGUCUAUGCUCAUGCCAGUUACACUGAGAAGAAGAAACAGGAGAGGCCCACAGAGGAAGCUCCUAAGGAAGUGAUGAUGUAUUAGUGGGCUUGACUUUGUUCAACAUUGCAGAGACUUGUGUGAAUUUACAUUAGUCUUUUUGCACCUACAUCCCCUCUUCGUGUCAGACUGUAGAGACGAACUUGUGUCCUGGGAAAACUAAUGUACAAAACUACAAUAACUAAGUACAUUUUUCUCAUUAAUUCACACCUUUUAAAAUUAAAAUGAUACUUUCAGAA